AUUUGAACAAUAAGAGCCACUUUUCCCGCAUGCUUGCUGUUACUCUUCAGCCACUUUGCAGCUUUCAUUUCAUUUGCAUUUGAGUUUGCAUUUGCAUUUCAUGUGCAUUUCAUUUGCUGUUUGCAUUUGCUGCCCGUUGCAGCCUCAUUUCAACCUCAUUUCAUCAACAUUGCAGCUCAGCUUGCUGCACAUUGUUGCUGUCAUUUUACAGCUUCAUUUUCACCAAUUUGCAGCUAAAUUGCUGCCAUAUUUGCUGAAAAUUGCAGCUUCAUUUGCUGUCAAUUUUCAGCCUCAUUGCUGCCUUUUCAGUUGAGACUUCUCUUGCUUAGUCUUUCGUUUCUUGCGUUGUAAUAUCAUCAAACCAAGCCAGUAUUUCCUAGUUAAGAUAGUAUUAAGGUUUUCUACACACCUUUUCAGUAGCACUGUUGUUGUUUAGGGACUUUUUCAAAUAGAUUUCAACUUACAAA